AUGCAGCGGCGGGUGUUGUUGGUGCUGGGCGCGGCGUGGCUGGCGGCGGCGGCGGCUCCCCCGUCCGCCUCGUCCCCUGCCAAGGUGGCUUCCUGGGACGAGGUGAACGUGCUGGCCCACGGGCUGCUGCAGCUGGGCCACGGCUUGAAGGAGCACGUCGAGCGGACCGGCGGGCAGCUGCGGGCGCUGGGCAGCCGCCUGAGCGCCCACAACGCCUCGCUGGCCCGCCUGGAGCGCCGCAUCGCCGCCCAGCGCCUCCUGGACGGCCGCGUCGCCGACCUGGCCGCCCAGUUGCGGGGGCUGCUGGCCGAGCUGGACGCGCACAAAGCUGCUGUCCACGACCGCCUGGAGCGCCUCGACGGGAAGCUGCGCCAGACGCUGCGCCACGACGGGCCCGAGAACGGCAGCAGCAGCCCCCGACGGAGCGGAGGGGCUGGCGAGCUGAGCGCCCUGCAGGAUUUUGUGAGUCGCCAGAACUUGCAGAUCGAAGAGCUCUUCCAGAAACUUAAACAGCAGCAAUACCGGAUGGAUAAACAGAAUCUUCAGAUCAAAAGCCUUCAGAGUAAGGUCAACAUGUUGUUGCCCGUGCACAUCAAAGAAAACGAAACACAGACGCUCCGCUUGAAGAACAGUGUCGUGCGCAGCGCUGACCGAGUGGCCAAUCACAGCCAAAAUGCCCGAGCCCAGACUUUGGAAGCAUCUAAAUUCCCCACAGGUUGCCACCAGCUUUUCCAGGAGGGAGAACGAAGCAGUGGGGUGUUCCAGAUCCAGCCUCCUGGCUCCAAAAUGUUUGAAGUCUUCUGUGAUCUGACUCCAGGUAGCGGUGGCUGGACGGUGAUUCAGAGGCGCUGGGACGGAUCUGUUGAUUUUGACCAGCUGUGGGAAGCCUACAGAAAUGGCUUUGGAAACAUGAGCGGAGACUUCUGGCUGGGCUUGGACAAGAUCCACCAGAUCAUACAAGAAGGAAUGUUCCGUCUUGUCAUUGAGAUGCAGGACUGGGAAGGGAACUCCCAGCUGGUGCAGUUCCUUUUCCGACUGGGCGGAGAAGACACUGCCUAUACGCUCAGCCUCCUGGGUCCUGUCCUUGGAGAACUGGAGAAUGCCAUGGGUGACUUCCCCCAGUUGCCCUUCUCUACCCGGGAUCAGGACCACGACCUCAAGGGUGAUGCUAAUUGUGCCAAGCAUCUCUCAGGAGGCUGGUGGUUCAGCACCUGUGGUCAUGUCAACCUGAAUGGGAAAUACUUCCGCUCCAUCCCACGCCAGCGGCAUGAGAGGAAGCAGGGCAUCUUCUGGAAGACUUGGAAAGGGAGGUAUUACCCCCUGAAAUCGACCACCAUGAAGAUCCAGCCCCUGGAGCUGGGAGCGGAAUCCUAGAAGUACGAGUAGCUCAGGAGACUGGGUGCCCCUUGGAUUUCGGCUUCCUCCGAGACUCAAAUGACUUCUGUUGGCUCCACCUGGGGACUCCACAGAUUCUUUAUCUGGCUUCCCAUUAAGACCAUCAAAAGGAAGCCCUCCAUUGCAAGAGGUGUCCCUUGCAAUAGCCUGUGGGGCAAUAUGGUGACUAGUUUAUCUGAUGGGAGAACUGCUUGGGGGAAUGACUCAAGGCAACUGAACAAGGAAGGAGACUUCACUGGGUGAGCCGUCUCCUAGGGUUCUGGCUUUUGCGUGAAGGCCACUGGACAUUAAUGUCAGCUGGAGACAAUGUUCUUUCAGAUUUGUCUCUUGUUACAAAUUUAAAUAUUUUCCAGUGGGGAAGGGCGGGGGGUUGGCUAAAGGAGAGGACUGUGCAUCGCAUCUCACUUGAAAAGGGCUCAAGAUGGACCUAUCCAGUUACCUCUUUAUGCCUUGAAAGGCUGAAGACUGUCAUACUAUGGCCUGGGCUCAUCCUCAUGAACUGGCUCCCAUUUUUGUGUGUGAUGUCCAUUUCCAAAGUAGGAGGUUUCCGUGGUAAUACUUCCAUCAGAAGGGUUAGCAGAGUGUCGGCUGGUGUGCUGUUGUCUCAGAAGUGUUUGCCCAAGGUGAGCCCGGGUGAAGUGGCUGAGAUUCUUGCCCUGAGGUUGUUGAUGCACCUUUGGGGUUACCUACAGCUGUCCACUUACUGCUACUAGAAUAGCCUUUAGGCAGCAGGGAACCACAGCCAGAGAUGUACCCAAGGCAGAAAAUCUAAAUUACUCUCUUCACCAUGUGGUUAAAAUACUGUUGGGUGCCCUUCAGUUUUGUUGUGGAUUAGUGCAGAUAACAGUGGUGCUUUCUUCUGGCACAAAGAGGACAGUGCCACAAACAGUGGAACAGGUCUGUGGGAUCCAACCCAGCCGUCUCAAGCACACUGAAUGGUACAGCUGGAACUACAUCUUUUAAAUUCAUAUUUUCAGGGCUUACAAAAAAAAAAAAGCAGGAAUGCACAGGAACGCAGUUCCAGCUGGCUUGGUGUCAGAGGGUGUGGCCUAAUAUGCAAAUGAGUUCCUGCUGGACUCCUCCUUCAGAACAGCCCUGCACAAAACAGUGGUGCCAUCAGGGGGUGUGGUCUAAUAUGUAAAUGAGUUCCUGCUGGGAUUUUUCUACAAAAAAAGCCCUGCUUAUUUUAAUCCAUAUCUAUAUUGAUGUAUGCUGCUCUUUGGGGGUUUUUAAAAAUACAUUUUCUUGCUAAAUCUAAUAGCAUGCUCUGUCCCAGUUAAGCAAAAAGGCCAGCUCCACUGUGAAAAGGUACUUGGGUGGGGCCAAAAUGGUUGGUCUUUGGUAACGGCUGCAGGUAAUCCUCGUGCCCUUGAUGGUUGCCCCCCUGUGCUCCUUUUUAUUUUUAAGUCAUAUUGACUCAAGUUCACUCCGAUCAUUGCUGCUUGUAAAAUAACUGUUGCGUUGGUUUUGUUGGUGUGGUUAUCAAAGUGCUUUUUUAAAAUGCAUUUUUUUUUUAAAGACGGCGACAGAGAACAGUGCUGUUGUAACUUAUAACGGUUGUCUUGAAUGGAUAGCAGUAGGUGUUGGUGAGUUUUCGUCUCUCUCUCUUUUUUUUUUUGUACUUCAGACAUGCAACUCUUCAAGAGUCUUCCAUGUGAAUAAUAAAAAAAACCUUUAAACCC